AGUCCGAGUGCCGUGGAGGAUAUGCUGGAUGUUGAGAACAAGCGCAUGGCAGACAGCCUGGCCAACAAGGUCACCAGGCUGAAGUCGCUGGCUCUGGACAUCGACAAAGACGCUGACGAACAGAACCGUUACCUGGACGGCAUGGAUUCAGACUUUAUGAGUGUGACUGGCCUGCUGACCGGCAGCGUGAAGCGUUUCUCCACCAUGACGCGGUCCGGGAGGGAUAAUCGCAAGUUGCUCUGUUCUGUUUCAGCGGGACUGAUUGUUGUUUUCUUCAUCCUCUACUAUCUUGUGUCCAAAGCAGGGACUUGAGCUUGUUCUGCCAGGUCUACAGAACAAAACCCACAACCGUUGACGGACUCGUUCAAUGCCUUUCU